CCUAAUGGACGGGCUUUUGCUACAAAAUUCACAAGUAACAAGGGACCACCCUUUCAGCAAAGAACACUCAGAUGGCCGAAUUCCCGUCAACCGAAACUCCAUCGGGCUACAACCGAUUACAAGAGCUAAAAGCCUUCGACGACACAAAAUCCGGCGUCAAAGGCCUAGUUGACGCCGGCAUCCAAAGCAUCCCCAAAAUAUUCGUCCGACCCCCCGACGAACUCGCCGCCGACUACCCGAUUUCUGGCACCCACUUCGCAAUCCCAAUCGUAGACCUCGGGCCGUCCAGGGGCCCCGCAACCGUCGACAAAGUCAGGCACGCGUCGGAGACUUUCGGUUUCUUCCAGGUGGUGAACCACGGGGUGCCCGAGAGGGUGUUGGAGGAGAUGUUGACGGCGGCGCGAGGGUUCCAUGAGAUGGAGAGAGAGGCGAAGAUGGAGCAUUACACGCGUGUGGAGAGGAGAGUGAUGUAUGGGAGUAACUACGAUUUGUAUCGGACACGAUCUGCCAAUUGGAGGGACAGCUUGUUCUGUGUUAUGGGUCCAGAUCCUUUUGAUCCACUUGAGUUGCCUGAGAUUUGCAGAGAUAUAACAAUGGAGUAUUCAAAGCAGAUGAAGAGAUUAGGGACUACUUUAUUUGAACUACUAUCGGAGGCGCUUGGGCUCAAACCCAACCACCUAACUGGCUUAGAUUGUUUGAAGGGGCAUUUAAUCAUAAGUCACUAUUACCCUGCUUGCCCGGAGCCGGAACUGACCCUGGGCACGUCCAAACACUCCGAUCCUGAUUUCCUGACGAUCCUACUUCAAGAUGGUAUCGGGGGACUCCAAGUACUGCAUCAAAACCAGUGGGUCAAUGUACCUCCUGUUCCUGGAGCUUUGGUUGUAAACAUUGGAGAUCUCUUACAGCUUGUAUCGAAUGACAAAUUUGUAAGUGUUGUGCACCGAGUCUUGGCAAACCACGUGGGCCCAAGACUCUCCGUGGCAUGCUUUUUCACCACAUACCGUUAUCCAUCGACAGAGAUAUGUGGCCCAAUCAAGGAAUUGUUGUCAGAAGCUAAUCCGCCCAUAUAUAGAGAUACGACAGUGAGCGACUUCACUGCACACUACAAUUCUGAAGGGCUUGAUGGAACCUCUGCUCUCGGUUAUUUCAAGUUGUGAAGAUCACAAAGCAAAUAAGAGGUUGUAUUAGAGAUAAUUAUGGUUGCAACAAUAGGUUGGUGUACGUUGUCUUCAAUGGAUGUUCAAAAAAAAAAA